AUGGACGGCCGACUCCUCCGCCUCGAACGACCGGGCUCGAACAAUGGCUACUCGACCGCAUCGUGGAGGAUCGCGAACCACCCCGGCCUGCGCAUUUCCGAUGCCCAGAUCCCAGCAAGCCCUCCCUGCAUCCUCCUCCAGCCAAGUCGCGACGUCGAUCACCUGAUCGACUACCUCACGAGGGUGCUGAACGAGAGCUUCGGGGCAGACAAUGGCUGGACGUUAUGGUAA